AUGGGGAGUGCCGUGCGGGAAGCACUCCUGAAUCAGCAAGGCAGACUGCGGAGGGCAUCGCUGCCCUCCAGCUAUGGUGCUGUAGAAGUGGAGAACCUUUGCUGUGAGGAGCUGGAUCAGGGCCAUGGGCAAUGCAGUGACACUGCUGACCAAAUGUCCCUUGUCAGACCAAAGGAAGAUUGCACAUCUCAGUUUUUGCAUGAAGCCAAGAAAGGAAACCAGCCUGAUAACAGCAAGACUGACCUUAGCAGGCACCUAGGACCAGAAGAACCUCCUGGUCCUUAUCAGAAAUAUCAACCUGAAGUUCACAACCAGCUCUUCAGACAGCUUCAGGAUGAUCUUGCUGGAGAGCAGAUAACCAGGCAGACAACUCCCAUGCUUUACUAUCUUUCUGGGGGGAAGCCCACCACCAUCCUGCACCACAACAAGCCCACCCAGUCUCAGGAGGACUCGAGGAGCUCACCAAAGCAAUUUCCAGCAGGCAGCUACCCUGCCUCAGUGUGGUGUCAUGAGGUACAAAGGGAAAGAGAUCAGCUUCAAAGGAGCAGCCACCGCCCUCAGUGCAGUGCUGCUGAGCUGCUGGAAGCUGAAGAUCUCCUGGGGAGUCCUGCUUCAUCCACCGAGGAGAGUUUCCAGAAUGACUACAGGGAGAAACUUAAAGUGGCUCAGAAGAAGGUCCUGAGGGAAACCUCCUUUAAAAGGAAAGACUUACAGAUGAGUUUGCCCAUCAGACUGCGACACAAGCCCUCUGCAAGGCCAUCCAUUGAGCACCUCAGGUCUUUCUCCCUAUCCAGUGCAAGUGAGGAUGCCAAACCUGCUCCUUGCUCCCCUUCUUAUCUAGACUCUGUAGAGAGUUUCAGCAGAGAUGAGGACGUUAAGAGGCCACCAAUGGCCCGAGUAGGGGGAAGGAAAAGGGUGAGCAAGGAGCAAAGGAAACUGUGUUACUCUGAGCCUGAGAAGCUGGAUCAGCUGGCAGAUAAGGACCUGUCCUGGAGUCAGGUCAGGGAUGAAAUCACUGACCAGGACAGAGUGGCAGCUAGGAGAGGGACUCUGGAGAGCAGAGGGAGGGCACUUUCCAGUUCAGGUAUCUCCAGGAUGGAGCUGAAACAAAUCCAGCACACUGCACUCAUUGAGUACAUGGAAAGGAAGAUAAACCAGAGGCCAGGUAGUGCACAGCACCUCCCAAUGCACAAGCCACCCCUCCAGAAGAGGCUCUUACAUCCCAAAUGGCCUUCUCCCAAGGUUCCCAAUCCAAAUGGGAGCAGGAAGAUGCAAACCAAUGAGGUUUCUUGCCAAGUUUUCUCUACAGAAACAUCACCUGAUCCCAGUGCUGCUGCUGGUGCAGCCACCUCAGGGCAAGACCCAUCUCCCAAGGAUGCAGAUGGAAGCUGCAGCAGCAGAUGUUCUUCAGCUGAAAGGCUCCUGCAGGCAGGUGGUCCUGCAGGUGGUCCUGCAGCUGGGAGAGCUCGUGAGAGAUCCAAAUCAACUCCUUCUUCCAUGCAGGACACUCAUGGAUGUGCUGGGGGUCCAGCAGCACCAUGCCGGCGUUGUGAGAGCUGUCGCAGCACCCCCAGUUUCCAUGAUCCUGAGGGAGGUGAAUGUGAGAACCAUGGCUGUAAAGACAAUGACACACCUGGACGUGGAUGUUGUCAGGAUCUGAAGGAGCUGACUCCUCAAACCUCUCUUCCUGCCCCAAGAAGUGGAAGCAAGGAUGAUGCUGAGGGGGAGGAGGAAGGCAGAAGGAAAUCACCGCAGGGCAACGCUUUCACAAAGUGCCCAGAGCAGCAGCCUGCAGCUCCUCAGGAGCAAGUAUCCUACUGCCACACAGUGCUGGCUCACCAAGGAGACAAAGCCACAGCCAAAGGUUUGGUUGCAAAGGACACUUCCACACAGAGUAGCCCAGAGGAGCUUCCCCCUGCCAGAGAGCCACCUCUGCCCAAGACGAGGCUGCGGUCUCCUGAAGACCAGCGGUACGAAGAGCUUGCCAUGGAGAUCAUUGCCAAAGACACUUCCCUGGUUGAUGUUCUCAUGCCUCAGCCUGUUAGAAGCACUGCUCUAGAGCUGCUGGAGGGUCUGUUCCCUGUGAGUGUUUCCAUGCUGGGUACACCACGCAGGAAAAAGGGAGAGCUCCAGCAUGGGCAGGAGAAUGACAGGAAAAGCCAUGGAGAUGCAACAGAAGAGUGUCCUGAAUCUGAACAGGAUGCCAAGCAAAGGAGCCAAGAUUCUACCUCCAAGGGAAACCAAGGCCUGACGAGCAGCACAGACAGCACAAACCACCUAGAUGACAUCACAGCUAAGAAACAGGAACUCAUCUCCUGCCUCCAAUGCAAGCUGCAGAGGCUGUGGGAGGAGAGGGAGCUCGUCCUCUCUGACAUCCAGGAGUGCUCCAAGCAAGGUGAGGAGCUGGAGGCGAUGGUGAGGGACAUCUGCAAGCCCAACGAGUUCGAGCGCUACAUGAUGUUCAUCGGGGACCUGGAGAAGGUGGUGAGCCUCUUGCUCUGCCUGUCCACCCGCCUGGCCCGAGUCCAGAACGCCCUCAGGAGGAUUGAUGGCAACACAGAUGCUGAGGAGAAGCAGUCACUGACUGAGCGGCACAAGCUCUUGUCCAGGCAACGGGAAGAUGCCAAAGACCUGAAGGAGAACCUGGACCGCAGGGAGAGAGUCGUCUCUGGGAUCCUGGCCAAGUACCUGACAGAGCAGCAGCUGCAGGACUACCGCUGCUUUGUGCAAGUCAAGACCUCCUUGCUGAUCGAACAGAAGGACCUGGAGGAGCAGAUCAAGUUUUUUGAGGAACAAUUAGAACACCUAGAGCAAAGCAUCCCCCUCUGAUCCCCACCAGCGUUUGCACCAUCCUUGUACACAGUGGUGUUUGUGACACCCCUCCCAUUCCCCCAGGAAAUCCACAGCCACUCGCUGCCUGUGGCGAAUUCCUGCAACCCUGGGCAUGGUCUGGUGAAUUCCUGCAAUCCUGAGAGUGCAACGAGUGCUUGGAUGAUCCAGGGAUGCUCUAGGCAUGUACUGGACAACCCUUCCCCUUUGGAUGGGCCAACUGACAGCAUCCUACAGCAGGCAGACUGCAGUUCACAAUGACUGAUCCAGGCUGUGUUGCUCCUGUUAGCUCAGUGCCUAUUUCCCCUUCUGGU